CGCCAGAUCCUGGGUCAGGCCAUGAAGCAUCCGAGCUCGAUCCUCCUCUUCGUAUUUAUUGGCGUGGAAGGUACUGGAGCAGUGCUGUACAUCUUGGGCCUGGCAUUGUUCGAUCCAGAGGUCAGUUGGGAUAGGAAGAAUUACCCAGAAUCCUGGAAAAAACUGGGUCCCCAUGAUCAGUACAAGCUCUACUCAGUGAAGAUAGAUUACAGCAAACUAAAGAAAGAAGGUCCAGACUUCUAA